AAGCCUUUGCUGACUUGGGAGGUGUUACUUAGUCCUGGUGUGGAUCGCCAUGCACAAAAAGUGUCUGCUGAAGUACUAGAGUUGGAGGAAAUCAAAAGUGAUAAGGAUAAAAUUGCAUAUAAAAUUAAUGGCGGCGCCAAGAGUGAAGCACGUCUGCCAGCGGUAUAUCGCGCACAUCACAACGCACGUAUCCUGUGCGUCAUGGAGCACCCAACAUUGAAGAUACGACAAAAUGCAUCGCUGCUCCUGGAUGUACAAUAUACGCCUUCGUUUGCCAUCUCACGCACUCCUGGCUUUGGUUAUCCUUUGCGUGAAGGUAUUGAGGUAUCGCUAAAAUGUGAUGUUGACUCGAAUCCGCCGAGCACGCCACUUUGGCAGAAGGACGACGGUGACACACCGGUGCCACAAACUGGUGAUGGCUUCUUGAACUUUACUUCCAUACGACGUGAGCACUCGGGCUGGUACAAAUGCACUUCACGGCAUCUUAACUUUCAGUACUCGUCAAUUGGCUAUUAUUUGAGUGUGCGAUGUGCACCCACUGUAGUAGCACGUAAUGCUACACCAGUUGCGUAUCCCGGCUCCCCACUACAUCUAUCAGUGGAGUUUUGUGCUAAUCCACCAGCUCAUGCUGCACGCUGGCUACAUGGCGAACGUGUCUACACACCUGGAAAUCAAUAUGGCAGCACCAUUUUGGCUUACGGUGUAACGGAUCUCCCUACUCCAUAUUGCAAGGAAGCUCGUCUUACAUAUGUCAGCAUGCAUGAACGUGUUCCACGCAUAUUUUACUUCAUUGUCUCCUCUCCAGCUGGCGCUGCAGAAGCUAUAUUUAAGGUUAACUUCACAAUGCGCUAUCGAACAAUGUCGAACUCUGUGGAUGACGAAGAAGAGGAACUGAGUGAACCCGAAGAAAUACAUUUUCCGGUAUUUGGCUCUGCCUCACCCAUGCAAACUAGGAUAACACUCUGGCAUGCGUGUGGAUUUUUGUUUUUGGCUCACCUUGUCUUGAGUCUGUGUAAAUGUAGGCCACUGUAAAGCUAAACUAGAACUGUGAAGCGUGUUUGGGUUUCGAUAUUCGGUUUUCAUUUCUGUGGCAAUUAUUUUUUAGGCUUUUUAACUCUAAUACAUUUACCACUAAACUCUAUAUAUUAUCCUUGUAAUACAUUUAUACAAUGCGUACUAUUACUAACUUUAAACAUAAAUUGUGCUAUCCUAUCAUUAAACUAUA